GUAUGAGGAGGCAGAAUGAACCACCGGUCCAUUCGAGCCCCAAUCAGAGAUACUCACUUCAUGAUCCGUCACAACAGCGUUGUUAACUCGCUGGAAUUUCCAACGACAGAUAUCUCCUUGCAUCCCUUGCUGUCUCUUCAUCACCAGGGCGAGGUAUGGGAGCUGCGGGUAACUACAAUAGCUACUAUCCAGAGCCCAGUGCGUCAUUCUCGAUAGCAAACAUGCCUGGCACAGCUAAAGCCUAUGGCUCUGACCAUGGCCACGACUCCAGCCAAGCGCAAAGCUUUGGCGGCUACGGUACUGCAGCUACGAUUAUGUAUAGCGCUGGCCAACCGAGCACCCAAAACACAGUCUAUGAUGCUCAACUGUUGAGCUCGUGGCAACCUGCAACUACGCAAAUGAUGCCACCAGAAGUUGCCUCGAGCUACCUCGGCUCUGAGAUUGGGACUUCAGCUGGCUCGAGCCAGCAGCAACCGGCACAGGGCUCGAGCGGAUCCGCGAUCGUCUAUCAACAGAUUAAUGCCAUGAAUUAUGCGAGUAGUAGCAUGUCAAGCGUGAGCGCAAUACCACAGGCGAUAAACACCGCUGAUGUCUCCAUGACGGACGAUCACGGCUAUGCGGAAGGCGCCCUUGAGGAGGAAUGGGUCAGUUACCAGCGGCAGCUAGGGAGCAUAUUUCAAGAGAUAGUCAAUGGGUCACCAUAG